UCUAUGGUGGUGUGGACUGCGUGCUCGUAGCUUCUUCCUGCGGCCGCACCCGUGUAGCCUCUCGCUGCCCUUAAAGGCUGCUGGUGGCUCCGCCACAUCUUCUGUCCAUUGACCUGCACUUGCCGCAAGAGUCGAAGGCUGGAAAGCAGGGAACCCCAGAAACCGAGAAAUGGACUCAGUGGCCUUUGAAGAUGUGGCUGUAAACUUCACUCUGGAGGAGUGGGCCUUACUGGAUCCUUCACAGAAGAAACUCUACAGAGAUGUGAUGCGGGAAACCUUCAAGAACCUGGCCUCGAUAGGGAGAAAAUGGGAAGACCAUAACAUUGAAGAUCAGUACAAAAAACAUAGAAGAAACCUAAGAAGUCAUAUGGUCAAGAGACUCUGUGAAAAUAAAGAGGGUAAUCAAUGUGGAGAAAACUUCAGCCAUAUCCCAAUUGUUAAUCUGAACAAGAAAACUUCUACUAAAGUAAAACCGUGGGAGUGCAAUGUGUGUGGAAAAGUCUUCAUGAGUCGUUCAUCUCUUAAUAGACACAUGAGAUCUCACACUGCGCCCAAACCACACAAGUAUCAGGAAUAUGGAAAGAAGCUUUAUAAAUGUAAGCUAUGUGGGAAAGCUUUCAGUUAUCUCCAACCUUUUCAAAAACAUGAAAGAAAUCACAGUGUAGAGAAAUCCUAUAAAUGUAAGGAAUGUGGGAAAUCCUUUAGGUAUCGCCAGUCUGUUCGCAAACAUGAACGGACUCACACUGGAGAGAAACCCUAUCAAUGUAAACAAUGUGGGAAAGCCUUUAGAUAUCAUCAAACCUUCCAAACACAUGAAAGAACUCACACAGGAGAGAAACCCUAUGAAUGUAAGCAAUGUGGUAAAGCCCUCAGUUGUCCCAGUUCCUAUCGAAGUCAUGAAAGGACUCAUACUGGAGAAAAACCCUAUGAAUGUAAAAAGUGUAAUAAAGCCUUCAGUUGUCCCAGUUCUCUUCGAAAACAUGAAAGAACUCAUACUGGAGAGAAACCCUAUGACUGCAAGGAAUGUGGGAAAGCUUUCAUUUCUCUUGGAAGCUUUCAAAGACACAUGAUAACACAUACUGGAGAUGGACCUUAUAAAUGUAAGGAAUGUGGGAAAGCAUUCAAUUGCCCGAGUUCAUAUCGAAUACAUGAAAGAUCUCACACUGGAGAAAAACCCUAUGAAUGUAAACAAUGUGGUAGGGCCUUCAGUUGUUCCAGUUCCUUUCGAACACAUGAAAGAACUCACACUGGAGAGAAACCCUAUCAAUGUAAAGAAUGUGGAAAAGCCUUCCAUUGGCUCACCACUUUUCAAGUCCAUGUGAGAACUCACACUGGAGAGAAACCCUAUAUAUGUAAGCAAUGUGGUAAAGCCCUCAGUUGUCCCACUUCCUUUCGAAGACAUGAAAAGACUCACACUGCAGAGAAACCCUAUGAAUGUAAACAGUGUGGGAAAACCUUCAGUUCUGCUCUAGGUUUGCAAAUACAUGAAAGAACUCAUACCGGCGAGAAACCCUAUAAAUGUGAGGAAUGUGGGAAAGCAUUUGUAUCUCUCACAAGCUUUCGAAGACACAUGAUGACGCACACUGGAGAUGGACCUUAUAAAUGUAAGGAAUGUGGGAAAGCAUUCAACUGUCCCAGUUCAUUUCGAAUACAUGAAAGAACUCACACAGGAGAGAAACCCUAUGAAUGUAAAAUAUGUGGUAAAGCCUUCAGUUGUUCCAGUUAUGUCCAAGUACAUGAAAGAACUCACACUGGAGAGAAACCCUAUGAAUGUAAGGAAUGUGGGAAAGCCUUCAUUUAUCGCACAACCUUUCGAGGUCACAUGAGAGUGCACACUGGAGAGAAACCAUAUAAAUGUGAAGAAUGUGGGAAAGCCUUUAGUCGGCCCAGUUCAUUUAGAAGCCAUGAAAGAAUUCACACUGGAGAGAAACUUCUUCAGUGUAAGCAUUGUGGAAAGGCCUUCAAUUGGCCCACAUCUUUACAUAAGCAUGUCAUGAGAAUGCACACUGGAUAAAUUGUAACUGAUUAAUACAGGAAAGUUUUCAGUCUUAACAAAUAUACUCAAAGUUAUGUGAAAACUCCAUUGGAGAGAAAGGGCCAUAAAUAUAAGUAAUAUGGGGAAAGGCUGAUGCAAAUUAAUUCAUAUAAUACUCCAAAAACUGCACAACAUGAAAGAAAUGUUUUUAAAGUUAAAAAUACAUUGUUUUUAUCAAUGGGUCAUUCUGAAACUCAGUCUCUGGACUAUAGAUUCUGCUUGUUACUUUUGCAAAUGAACGUUGAGUUGAGACAAUUCUGUAAGUACUCUAAGCAAUAGUACAUAAGCUUUUAGUAGGUAGUGUUUUUCCUUAAACAGCUUAUAAAAUUUUUGUCUUUCCAUUUUGAAGUCUGUUGGAUCCAUGGGUAAGUUGAAAUGUAAUAUACCAAUAGGGUUAAUUUUUAUAUAAAUUUUUAAUUAUAUAAGUUAAGGGGAAUAAUGACUGGUAUUUGUUGGGAUUUUUCUAUUUGCUUCGUGUGGCAGGUACUGGAUAUUUCUUACCCCUUAUAAAUAUUCUUCCUUUCUUAUGAGAAAAACUUUCUUUUUCUUUCAUCAGAAGAGACUUUUUAAAUUUUCCUUACUAAUAGAUGGUUGGCAUAAAUUUGUAAGUAUGAAAAGUUCAUCAUAAAGUAUAAUCUUUGAAUUACUAUUUACAUCUUUUCCCUUUACUCUUUGCUAUUCCCUCGGACUGUGAUUUGGGUAAUAGACUUUACACUAAGAAAAGCAACCUGUACUGACAUCAACUUCAAACUUACAAAGCAGCCAUAAAAUAUUUAAUUAUUUUAGAUUUAAAUUCAACAUCUACAAUAACUGCACCAAAGCAACAUUUUCCCCCCAUCAAUCCAUUAAAUGUCUCCUAGAGUACUCUGAUGUCACCAUCUAAGGUAUCUUUUACCCAUAAUACAAUUAGAAUGAUUAUAUAUCAUAUAAUGAUAUCAUCAUUAAAGUCCACCAGUAGUAUUACCAUCCCUCUGUUGAGCAAGUAUUAUGUGCCCAGGCUGGACACUAGAAAUAUAACCGUGAACAUAACUAAAGUGGUCACUGCUCUCACAGUGCUUCAAGUCUGAGAUUAAUCACAUUUCUGGCUAUUUUCCUAAGUGUUAACACACACUGAUUCAGUUGUGUAAUAACAUUAUCUUUGGUAGCCCAUUAAGCCUUUAUAUUUGCAAAACAGAAAAGAGACCUGUGAUAGGACAAUCAAAUGUAAAAUUGAAGAUGGCUCUCCUGGAAUAUGUUAUGGCAACAUGGGUAAUGUUAUGACCUAACAUUUUCCAGAACGUUUUCUGUUCUUUUUGUGGUCCCAUGUUAGAAUUCAUUAAUAGCCUCACUUGUGUGAGAUUUGGAAAGGCAGAAAUAAAGAAGGCCUUAGUUUUUGAACCACAGUACACAGACAGAUGCAUAGAUGUUUCAUGUGUACUUGCUUCCAACCCAUUGUCCUGAUUCAUUGCCCUGCCAGUCAAGAGUGUCCUCAGUAUCACCACCAGCUACAUGACUUCCAUUUUCUCAGAGCUGUAGGUUUCCACAGAUGCCUCCACAAGUCCCACAGCAAAAAUCUGUCACAGUUUGGAUUUUCCUGCAAGCCUCAUGUGUCCACCAGGCAGCAAAUUUGGACUGUCAUGUUUCAGAAUGAUCUCUGAAGCACUGAAGCCCCUCUUGUCUAGAUUAUAUUUGUAUGUAGUCUAAUUUGUAAACACUUUGUUCUGUUAAUAUUGCUAGUGACCAUGUGUUCCUGAUUUCACUAUGACAUCUACAGUGGUGCUGUCCAAAAGAACCAUGUUGGAGUUGUUCCUCUGCUGCACUGAGCAGUGACUGCUCUGACCCAGUCCUUCCAUGUGAGAAUUGGCACCUUCCUCCUAUCAGGCAAAUUGUGAAUAUUUCUGAUUACUCACAGCUGAACAUAACUCCUCAGUACAUUUUCAAUUAUGUUUGCAUGUGAUUUAAAAGUGUUCAUUUUUUUUUGUCAAACCCUUCUGUAGAUGUUUCAUAUAAAUGUUUUAUUAACUGUUUCAAACAGUUUGUGUACUAACAUGUUUUCCACUUCCUGAUAGGAUAUAUAUAUUAAGACAUCCCAUUGCAGUUGUGGAUUUUUAGAUCAAUUUUGUGAUUUUUGUCAAGUAAUCAUUAUACAUUUUGAAUCAGUGUUACCAUGUGGUAUUUUUCCCUCGGGCAAGUUUUUUAUUCUCCUAUAGUUAAAAUGUUUGUCAAUAAACUAACCUGUCAUUCAUUCUUAAUUAAAAACUUAC